GACAAGAGUCCAUAAUGAAGUUCGCCAUUUUAAUAUGGGUCACACUAGCCGCCUAUGUAUCAAGUCAAAAGUUGAAUGGAAGAUCUGCACGAGCUUUGGUACGCCGUACAGAAUUACUUGCUGGUCCUUGCGACGAAGACGACAUUAUCUACAAGAAUCAUUGUUAUCUAUUUGUAACUGACAAGCAAACUCACGACACGGCGAAAGCAAUGUGUGAAGAACAUGGGUACGGCCUAGCUUCGAUCUCGAGUGAAGAUGAGAGGCAGUUCCUGAAGAAUACCAUUCAGGCUGAUAGUAGUUUGAGUGGGAACGUAUACUGGGUUGGUGCAACGCGUGUUGAUGGAGUGUGGACGUGGGACUCGGGUGAAGAAUUUGUCGACAGCUACUGGGGUGGCGGCCAACCUAUAAGCACAAAACUUCGUGACUGUGCAUAUAUUUACCCACAAAAAUUCAAACUCUCCAAUAGAAAACGAUGCAAUAAGUUCACAGCUAGAUAUAUAUGUGAGAGAGAUCAAGGAGAACCUCCUAGCAAACUUGCCAGUGUUUCCCAUAUUGGAUCCUGCGAAGGUGGUGAAUUCAGGCAUGGCGACCACUGCUACACAGUCAGUACUAGCAAAAGAAAUCUGGACGGUGCUUACAGUACCUGUGAACAGAUGGGUUAUUAUCUUGCUGGUGCUAAUACCGUUGAUGAACUCAACUUUGUUCGUGGUCUUGGCAGUGAUGAUGGCAACAACGAUAUAUGGAUCGGUGGGGUUUCCAUGCCUGGGUACGGUGGUUUUGAAUGGCUGUCAGGCGGUACAUGGCUCAGAGAAAGUUGGGGUGAUACCGGCUCUCCAAAGGUGAAACAGGCAGAGAUGGCAUGUUCUUCUAUGCGUCGCAAAAAAGAUUAUUACCUUCGUAAGAACAAAUGUUCCAAGAAGUACACUUAUAUUUGUGAGAGAAGCAUACCGUACAGGAUGAGGGCGUGCGAGGGAGAGGACUUGAAUCUACAAUGCGAAGAAGGUGCAAUCAACAUCAUUGAAGCCAACUUUGGAAGGACAGCGGGAAAUAACGUGUGUCCAAGUAGUAAUAUUCAAAACCAAGAUUGCUGGAAUGAAGUUUCAUUGGCGAAAGUACAAGAAUUUUGCGAAGGGAAAACACAGUGCAUCGUUCCCGCCACGACGGAUGUCUUCGGUGAACCAUGUGCGGGAACCGAUAAGUAUCUGGAUGUAAUUUACAGAUGUGGGUCUGGAAAAGCGUCACCUGAGAGAAGAACCCCGAUUGCGACAGAUGGCUGCAAAUGUAUUGCUUGGGGAGAUCCACACUACUUAACCUGCGACGGGUUGAAACAUGACUUCCAAGGGAACUGUACCUAUACAACUUUCCUUGACCAACUACAUCCUGAUCCCUAUUUUGAGGUGAAGGCCAAGAACUCGUUCGCCGAAAACCGUAAAAACCCAGUCUCCUUUCAAGAGAAGAUCACUGUUCAUGUGAAACACCCACUCUAUACACGUUCUCAUACAUUCCAAUUCUUCAGAAACAGGACAGUGAAUAUGGAUGGAUUACCAGUUACCCCUCCCAUCAGUCCGGAAAACGAUUUACUCCUUGAUACCAUAGGCAUGGGGGUCAUUCUCACAACAGGAUACGGGUUCUGGAUGACAUACGAUUUUGAACAUCGCACUGAAAUGCGAGCACCACCAGAGUAUGCGAACAUGAUUGGGGGAAUGUGCGGGAACUGUGACGGCAAUCGACACAACGAUUACGUCAUGCCUGACGGCAGCCAAGCAUCAUCCGCUUACGAAUUAGGGAACAGUUGGAAAGCUGGUACAAGCUGCCCCGACGUUGUAGAUGAUCUGCCUGAAUGCGAUGCUGCUAUCAUGAGUUGGUACUCUCAGAGUGAUCAGUGUGGAAUGAUAAAGGACCCCUUAGGCAUCUUCGCUGACUGCAUAUCGGCGUUGGACCCUGCCUUGGUUACUGAGCACUUCGACACAUGCAUGUUUGACAUGUGUUACCUUGGUGAUGAUGCAGAUCUAUGUGACAACAUUGGUGCUUUAUAUGACGACUGCUUACUGAACGGGGUUGAAAUUCCUACUUUCCGCACGUCUUCAUUUUGUGCUUUGGAAUGUCCAAACAACAGUAUAUAUAACCCGAGCAUGCCUCCGUGUCAAAACAGCUGUGUUGAUCCAACGGCAGCUUCGGCGUGCCUCGACCCCCUGGCCGAGGGUUGUGAAUGCGAAGAAGGAUUUGUCCGUAGUGGUCUCGAGUGCGUGCCUCUAGCUGACUGUGGAUGUUUCGGUCUUGACGGUUCAUAUCAUAAAAAAGGUGACACGUGGGUAUCAAGUGACUGCAGACAAUUUUGCACGUGUACGGGUGACGGCGAUUCAGAGUGUGAAGAGAUACCAUGUGAUGAACACAGUAUAUGCGUUACAAUUGGUGGCACACGCCAGUGUGAAUGUGCUCCAGGAUAUAUAGGGGACGGGGAGACCUGUGAACAACAAGACAGUCCAGACACGGAACAGUGUCCAGCAGUAGGAGAAACUACAGCGUGUUCGAGUGUUGAUGGUCAAUGUAAAGGCAUAUGUGGACCAGACGAAACUCUUGCUCUGAAUACCUUGCUCUGCCCCGAAGGUUGUUAUUGCUGUCACCAGCGCACUGGUAAGUCUUCCAAUAAUAAGAAAAAUGUAUAA